UCCUCUUACAUAGUGUCAGUAAAUCCUGGUAGUCCAAGGACGAGGAAUAUGUGAGGUGUGAGGAAAGUACCAAACAACCAAUGGCUAAGCUGUAAAUCCAUUGGCUGGAAUUUUUCCAAUUCCAGGGGAAACUUCCAUAAGUGUACCUGUUUUGAGCACUGUAAUCUCACCAGUUACUCGGAUGUAUACUGUAGAACUAGCAAGCUCUUUAUUUGUCUCAGUCAAGUAUGGCAUUGAAGCAAACAAAAAUAGGUAAAUCAAUUUACAAUAAAUUGAAGGGGAAAAAACAGGAUGGGAAUGAAGAGAAACCUUUAAUGAAAACCAUAAAGCAGACAGAUGGGGAACAGACGUUUGAAUACAUGGAAAGUUCAGAUCAGUCUGGACGAGUGUAUCUGGAUCUAAUAGGUCCAGAUGUUGAAGUGAGUGGCAAGAAAGAGCUUGAUAUUCUCAGAAAGAUUCUGAGUGAACAAUCAAACCCUGAAGACCUUGACAAGGCAGCUGAGGUGUUGAAAAGAUGGAGCAAACUGAACCGUGUUACCAUAGACAAGAAAGAAGGCAGAUUCCCUCAAACCUGGCCCUGUGAGUAUCUUCAAGAAAUAGAUCAGUUUGUGGAAAACCACAUUCCCACACUGCCAGUAGAGGGACCACAAGGAUCUCAGUUAGAGCAGUUACGGGACUUUCUAAAGAGCACACACAGCAUGAUAUGCCAUGAGGUGUUUCGAUUAACACCUGUACUGGAAGAUACUGGGCUGCUAGAUCGUCUGGUUGACAGCUACAGCCAUCACCUCUUUCUCAAGUUGGACAUGCUCCUAAACAGAGAUCUGUCUGUGAAAGAGACCUUCUGCAUUUUACAGUGGGGGAAAGAUGUUUUCUUCAGUCCAGAUUCGCAGCAUGUCGUCAGAGUGUAUGACCCUCUGCUGUUGACGGGAUGGUUUGAGAAAGCAAUAAGGAAACUACUGCCAAUACUAAAGAAUGACAUCUCUAAGACUCUACAGAACAUCCUGCGCUAUGAUGAGCAACAGGAAUCGACGGACGAAGAAAGUUUCAUCAGAGUGCACAUAGAUGUCACUCAGUGUCUGAAUGCUGUUCUUGCAAAUUCUGAAGCAUUUAGUAAGACCCUUAAGUGUACGGCACAAAAGCUCUGUCUCAAAGAGCUUCAUCGUUUUGUUCGGAAGUAUGUGGAUGCAGAGAAAAAACACCUAACAAAUUGGCAACCCUUGAAAACAAACUCUGUGUACCUGUUUCGGGUCAUCAGCACCUGUAGGCAACUCAGAUUUUUUGCUCCCCAACUCAACAAACCAGAUAUAAACAACGAUCUCUUAAACAUCAUCUGCUGCAUAUUAAAGGAGAUGGAAGAUCACGUUUUGUCUAUUGUACAAAAGAUGAUGAAACACUUAGCACAGGACAGUUUGAGACGUUAUUUCAAAAAGGGAUGUGAGCAAAUUCAUACCCUGACAGAGGCAAUCCAAAAGCAGUGUGCAUCUCUGCCUCAGAAUGACGUGGGAAAGGAAAUUCAAGAGAUCUUUGUGGAUGUCGCCUACGACUGUGUUUCACGCGUGUAUCUGGAUUGCCUGAUGAAGAGCAAGAUCAAGCGGCUUGAAAAGAGAUGGGGAAAUGUCGGAGAAAGGAUGAGAGAGGACGCUCUCAAUUUUCACAACACAUUCACUGAACUGAGUGGCAGUGAUGACCAGAGGAACCAGCUCCUUCAGAGACUGAGUGAAGUUGUGCUUUGCAUUGAUGUAAAUGCACUGAAGGUUAUCUGUUGUGAUUUUUCCCAAAGUUUCCCAAAGGACAGUGAGCAGUAUGUACCUGGUCUGCUGCGCUGGAAGGGGGUGUUAUCAGAGCGACAGGUUAGGGAAGUACUGGAUGUGGUGAGGGACGUACUGGAUGUGAUCCGGGACCUUCACCUGGAUCCAAAGCCUAGAUGUGUCACCCGUCAUUCCCUGAAGGGCUUUUGCUGUUGUCUUUGAUAUGAAUAACACCAUGAGUCAGACUCAUAAAACCUUUGUUUACAAGUGUUUACAUGGCAUGACUGGCAUUACUGUUUCUUUUUUUCAAUGUUUCUAAUUUUUUAUACAUAUAAUUUGUGUCAAAUGACCUUUUUGUUUUUACUUGAAAGAGGAAAUAAUGUAUUUGAAGACCGUUUAGGUGUUUGCAAACAGCGAUGGCGUGUUUUGUUGGCAGAAAAG